GGCUGGUAAUUUUAUCGUGGGCGAGAAUUCAAUAUCACUUCCGAAAUGUUAUUCACAAGUUUGCAUCCGGUUUUUUGCAUAAAUAAAGAUAUAUCUAAAUUACGUUCUCAACCUUCAUCAAAUUUUUAAAAUUUCCAAGUACAACAAGAUGUAUCAAUAAAAGUGGGAUAUCUUCUAUAUAAAUAACAAGGUAAAAAACCAAUAUUAAUUCAGUAUCCGUAUCCAUCCAAGUCUGCAAAUUCAAACACUGAGAAGAUGAAACUGUAUCAUCUAGUUUUUCUUUUGGUGUGCUCGGAAGUACUAGCUAGCCCAGUAAAUAAACAGAAUGAACAUGAAAUUUUAAAUAGGGGCAUCCGAUCGCCACAUAUAUUUAAAAAAAAACCGUUGGGACUUUUGGGAGCACUAGGUGGCGGUGGUGGUGGUGGUGGUUACGGAGGAGGAAAUUACGUAACAAAUAUCAACAAUUACGGGCCUAACCACCAAUCUUACAAACCUGAAGUCACUGGCGGCCACGGAUACGAAGGAGGAAGUUUCGCUGGCAGUGCUGCGGUUGCGGGAGGUCAUGGAAGCCAAGCCCAAAGCCAGUCGGCAUCCUUUUCCUUUGGCCCAUACACAGCGGCGUUUUCACAAAGCCAGGCCCAAGGCGGCGGGUCAGGAAAAGGUGGAUUCGAUAUAUAUUCGGACUAUUAAAUGCCAAAGACUCUUCUACAUUUGUGUGUACAUAAAUUAAUUUAUUACUAAUAAACGUUACUGAAAUUA